ACUCCAGCAUCGAAUUCACGAUUCUUUGGAAGUUGUACAUUAAUUGAUAUGAUUGUUAGGGAAAGCCAAGCAGCUACUAUUAUACAGCGAGCUUAUCGGAUGUAUUUGGCGCGAAAGGAAUUGAAAAAAUUACGCUUAGAAGCAGAUAGGAAAGCAAAGGCAGCUUGUAUAAUACAGAGAUACUAUCGUGGUUAUAUUAAUCGUAAGAAGCGACAAAGAUAUCAACAAGCAGCAAUUGUCAUACAAAGUCGAGUUCGUGGCUAUCUGGCACGAAUGCAUUAUCAGAAUAUGCGCCAAAACUUCAUGUUGCGUAAUAUUACAUGUGUAUAA